UCCAUGUUUAGGAAAUUAGCAACUAACGCAGACUUUGUUGGAUACGAGUUUUUGGGUUACUGUGUAGAUUUUUGGGAAUACUGAACUUAAUGCAUUGAUCUAUACUUACUUAUACUAUAUAUCUGUAUCUGUCGUAGUCUAUACUUUACUUGCUGCAAAUCGACAGAAAUUAUGAGCGGAGGAGUCUAUGGAGGAGAUGAAGUGGGAGCUCUGGUCUUCGAUGUCGGAUCACACACUGUGAGAGCGGGAUAUGCAGGCGAGGAUUGCCCGAAGGCUGACUUCCCCACGGUGGUGGGAAUGACUCUGGACAGGGAUGAUGGCAGCGUCUCCAUGGAGACGGACGGGGACAAGGUCAAGCAGAGCGGCACCACGUACCACAUCGAUACAAACCAGCUACAGGUCGCACGGGAGCACAUGGAGGUCAUAUCCCCUCUGAAGAACGGCAUGAUUGAGGACUGGGGCAGUUUCCAGGCCAUUUUAGAUCACACCUACAAGAUGUACUUAAAGUCUGAGGUCAGCCUACAUCCAGUGCUCAUGUCAGAAGCCCCGUGGAACACCAGAGCAAAAAGGGAAAAGGUAACAGAGUUGAUGUUUGAACACUACAACAUCCCUGCAUUUUUCCUGUGCAAGACUGCUGUCCUGUCAGCGUUUGCCAAUGGAAGGUCUACAGGUCUGGUAUUAGACAGUGGGGCCACACACACAACAGCUAUCCCAGUGCAUGAUGGGUAUGUCCUUCAGCAAGGCAUUGUAAAGUCUCCUCUGGCUGGAGACUUCAUGACUAUGCAGUGCAGGGAGCUGUGUCAGGAGUUAAAUGUUGAAAUAGUCCCUCCUUACAUGAUUGCCUCAAAGGAGCCCGUGCGAGAAGGUGCCCCUGCCAACUGGAAGAAGAAGGAGAAGUUACCGCAGGUCACCCGCUCUUGGCACAACUACAUGUGUAAUACUGUGGUGCAGGAUUUCCAAGCUUCAGUACUUCAGGUGUCUGAUGCUCCAUAUGAUGAACAAGUUGCAGCUCAGAUGUCCACGGUUCAUUAUGAGUUUCCCAAUGGCUACAAUUGUGACUUUGGAGCUGAGAGGCUAAAGAUCCCAGAGGGGUUAUUUGACCCUUCUAACGCCAAGGGCCUGUCGGGAAACACCAUGCUGGGGGUGGGUCACGUGGUAACCACCAGCAUAGGAAUGUGUGAAAUUGACAUCCGACCGGGUCUUUAUGGCAGUGUUGUAGUAACUGGUGGAAAUACGCUGAUCCAGGGCUUCGCAGACCGUCUCAACAGAGAACUUUCCCAGAAGACACCACCAAGCAUGCGUCUGAAGCUGAUAGCCAACACCACUGCUGCGGAGCGCAGGUUCAGCUCCUGGAUAGGGGGCUCCAUCCUGGCGUCCCUGGGAACAUUUCAACAAAUGUGGAUCUCUAAGCAGGAGUAUGAGGAGGGAGGGAAGCAGUGUGUGGACAGGAAGUGUCCAUGAUACACCCCGCGGCCUUCAGAACUGAACAUA